AUGUGCAAGUUCGCGGCGGAGGGGAACAAGGAGCAGCUGAAGCGACUCAUCGUCAACGGCAUCGAAGUCAACGAGUCCAACUACGACCAGCGCACGGCCCUCCACCUGGCCGCCAGCGAGGGUCACGUGGACGUGGUGGAGUACCUGCUGGAGAAGAAAGCGGACGCGAACUUUCGGGACCGGACGGGAGGAACGCCUCUGAGCGACGCUCUGCGGCACAAGCACGAGAGGAUCCAGGAGAUCCUGCGAAUGUCCGGGGGUCAGCUGAAGGGUAUCGACAUCGCGACUGAGCUCUGCUCGGCCGCAGCUGAGGGCGACGUGGCGAAGCUGAAAGCGCUGAUAGUGAACGGGGCCAACCCGGAGAGCGCAGACGCGAACAACCGGACGGCCCUGCACCUGGCAGCCUCCAACGGGGAGGUGACGGUACUGGACCACCUCGUGCGCCUCCUCGAUCCCCCCAUGAACCUCGACGCCCUCGACAGCUUCGGUGGAACUCCGUUGGAUGACGCGUACCGGCACGGCAAGCGCGUGGCGAUCGCGAUCCUAGAAGAC